AUGAUUGCAUUUAUGAUUUCAACUCCAUUCGGUUAUAGCUCUGAACUUAUGAACUCGAAAGAGGAUGGAGAAGAUGAGAGUGAUAAUAUGAAUGGGCCGGACACAUUAUCCAAAUUCUUACUUAUGAUUUCAAUGCUGAUAAUUCUUGUAUAUCCGAAUGUCCUCCCUUCGAGUAUUACACGAUGGUAUCUUUCAAUUUCAAGCAUCAAUGUGUCAGCUCUCAUUAUAGUUUUGUUCAUUCUAAAUGUGGCACUUGUCAAUAAGGAUGCAGCUCAAGAUCAGUUUUUCAUGAGACAAAUCUCAUCGAAUUCUACAUUUAAAAUGGAUGGAGUUUAUGAAAAUAUGACAAUUGAAGAUGCCGAAAGAAUGAAUAACAUUUGGAAUAAGUAUGAUCUUUUGAUGAUGAUUGAACCAGGAUGCAUCAAGAGAACUCCGAAUCAUAACAGAUGGUGUGACUUCAGAGGAGAAAACGGAGAGUUCAAGAUAGCUUUAUUUGGAAAUAGUUACACGAUGAAUCAUCACAAAAUGGUUAUUCAAGAGUGUAGAAAACAAGCAUUCAACAUCUCAAUGUAUUCUGAAAAAGGAUGCGAGCCGCUGGCAGCUGAUCCAGAAGAUCCCAACUGUGUGGAGAAACUGAAUGAAUUCGUUGAAUAUAUCAAGGAUUCAAAUCCCGAUUAUGCUUUUAUGUUCACACGAUUUUUCAUUAUCAACGAGCCAUUUUCAAAUAACAACACAGACCUUGAAAAAGAUAGAACUUAUCUGGAAAUGAGGAAACAAUUGAAACAAUUUCUCCCGUUUAUUAAGAAGAAAUUGUAUAUUCUUGACUCAAUUCCACGUGUUAUUGCUGAUAAUGUUGAUACGAUUGUGAAGAAUUUGAAAAGUGGAAAGACGAUUGAAGAGAUUAGUAAAACAUUAAUAGAAUCAGAUGGAUAUGAAAGAGGAAGAAUAAGGCAUUCAGCACUUGUGAAAGAAUGUGGAAACAAGUGUGAACUAAUAGACUAUCUUCCAUUAUUUUGGAAUAAGACAAUCAAUAUGGUACAAUAUUUUGAUGAACGUGGAUUCUCAUACUUCAAUUCACUUUAUCAUUUGUCACCUCACGGAAUUGAACAUGUUCGACCGAUUUAUAAUAAGAUUUGUUCUAGUUUAGAAUAA